UUCUUCCCUAUCUCCACCAUGAGGUCGGUUGAGUUUCGUGCAAAAAAAAAAUGAAAGCCGGUCUGUUUCGUUGCUACGUUAAUAUUUCCAUUGCCAAGCUUAUUUGACGAGAACGCUCUGGUUCGACCGACCACGAAAACUCUUCUCCACCAACACACAGAACUCUUUAUUUCCCCCACGGUUUAUCUUUAUUUUCAUCACUUGCAAACAAGAGCACAACUUUUAUUUCACUUUGGUUCGAUCGACAAGGAGCAAGAAGAUGAUGUUGAGCCUAUUCCCCCCCCGCGGUCAAAUCAUCUCAAGAAGAUCAUACUGAACAACACAUCAAUUUGUUCACGUACUAAACUGCAACAAAAAAACGUCUAUAUUGAUAAAUACGAAGUUCCCACGAACCUCAUUUCAAAUUCAAUAAGUACGAAAAAGUCAACAUGUCGGCGCAGCAAGGCGCGAAUGUGCACGUGACGGAGAACGCGAGUGGCGCGGAAAUUGACACCGCCGUUGUCAUCGGCAUUGUUGGGGCGUGCGUUGCGGUGGUGGCGUUAAUCCUUGUGGUGGCACUGUCCAUGCAGAAAAAGUCCCCGCAGAUGGCUGUAGCGGAAGCAGGAGCUCCAGUGACCACCCCGAGGAAACAAGCUGGCCGAGGGACGUAUCAAAUGCAAAAAUGUCUGGGUCUGGAAGAAUGCAAGUUUGUCAUGCUUGUCUGGCAUGACUCGAGAAUCUGCGUUGCAUAGGCACGAAGAGGCCCUCUUACCUGUCAUGCAAAAACGCAGUUUGCCAUGCGGAUUACGUAAGACAUGGGAGCUAAAAAAUUUGUCAUGCGUAGCUGCGUAUUGCAGUGCGUCUCCCAUUCACUUUAUUUUAGCAUGACAAGUUUCCAGACCCAGGCAUUUUUGCAAUGCAUAGGACGAUGAGCGCUGCCAAUGACGUUGCCCUCGAGAUGGCGGAGGUGCAACUGCAAACACCCCGUAAAAUAUCCUGUGCAAAAGUAUCGUACUCGUAUUGCAAUCAUGCAUUACAUUAAGCUAAAUCCGCAUUACAAAUUUCAUUUUUCAUGCUGAGGAAAUUUGUGAUGCAUUUAUACGAGUACGAUACUUUUGCAGUUCAUAUAAAACAAGCCGGAUCAAUAAGACCGUUUCGGCUGAGGGCGAAGCGGGCAACUAUCACGACCAGCACUACCACUAUGGCGUUCUCAACUGUUACAUUCUCAACUGUUACACGGAUUUGUCAUGCAAAACUGCCAUCAGCCUCCACUUGAUCAAGGUGCUUAGCAUGACAAAUUUUCGAAGGGCUAAGCCGCAUCAUGAUCUGUGGAAAAUCUGUGAUGCGAAAGCUGCAAUAUUGCCACUUUCACUGUUGCUGUUCUUGCAUUACAAAUCCAUGUAACAGUUGAGAAUGUAACGUUUGCGAACGCCAUAACCACCACCACGGCGGAGGCGAGCACGGCCAUUACGAAGAAGGGUGGUCGGACCACGGAUCGCACUACAGUGACCACCACAACUACGGGGAAGAUUCGCACUACGGAGACCACUCGCACCAUGGCGACGAAUCUUCCUAUUACGAUGAACAUUCUCAUUAUGACGAGCACGAAGGCUACGGCUACCACGAUCAUGAUGGUGAAUGGGACGAAGAAUACGAUGAUCACGAGGGCUACCACUCUGACUAUUCGCACAAUCACAGCGGGCACCAUUCGCAUCACUCCGGGUACAGCGAUCAUCACGGGUACGACUCUACUCCCCACUCAAGCCGCUCGAUUUCCUCCGAAAUGUCAUCUACCCGUUCCUACCCCGGAGCUGCUGGGUACAGCAACCACGGUGGAGCAACUGCGACGCCGCGCUCGGAGCGCGUGCAACAAAAGAAAAACGCGGUGCUGAACAAACACGGCAAGGGCGGAGGGCAGGUGACCACUUCGACCUUUCAAACCGUGACGCACCACGGCGAUCACGGGGAGCACUACUACGAGGACACCAACAUUGCCAGUUGGACACCCCGGGCGAAGAAGAAACCGCAGCGGCAAGUGGACAAGAUGUAUCCAAUGCAAAAAUGUCUGGGUCUGGAAGAAUGCAUGUUUGUCAUGCUUGUCUGGCAUGACUCUUAAAUUUGUCAUGCACGUUAACCAAGAGCCCCACCCUUCUGUGGUGCAGAAACGCAGUUUGUCAUGCAGCAUAGGCAACGCCUAGAAGCUCAGAAACUUGUCAUGCUGAGCCAGCACUUGUGGCCUCAUCAUGAGACGCCACGCAACAUCACAAGUUUCCAGACAUCCAGGGAUUUUUACAUUUGAUAAGAUGCAAGACAAGGCUAACGCGCGCCUGGAUAUCCUGAGGAAAAACGUUCCCACCCCAGAGUUGUCAUGCAGAUUUGCAAUGACAAGGACAUUUGUGAUGCGCAUACACACGGUACACAUUUUCAGUCGUGUUUUGGAAUUUGUGAUGCCAUGAACAGGAUAAGCAGAUGGAUCUGUGAUGCAGCUGCACUUGCUACCCUGCACUACACUACGGAGUGCAACUUGUCAUGCGUGACUCCAAAAAGUCCUAGGUUUGUGUUGCAAAACCCCAAAUUGACUCUGGUGUGGGUACGUUUUUACUCAGGAUACUGGAAGGCCGCGGGCACUACGGCUUUGAAGAUCGGUACCACGACUGGGAUAUCCUGUGCAAAAGUAUCGUACUCGUAUAAAUGCAGGUCUUGCAUUACAAAUUUCUUUAUCAAGGCAAAUCAGCAUUACAAAUUUUAUUUCUCAUGCUGAAGAAAUUUGUAAUGCAUUUAUACGAGUACGAUACUUUUGCAAUCCAUAUGGGAGGCCGGCACCUCCAUAUCAAAAGGAAAAUUCCCCCCUCCCCAUACUAAAGCGGAGAUUUGUGUAGCAUGAUUUGAGACCACAAGUCAUGCUGUCAUGCUAGAAGGUGGCAAAAGAAGCGGACUGUAGUGCUGGGUGGCGUAGGAAAGCCGUGCGUCUUCAGCACGACAGGAGGCGGAGGCAAAUCCGAAUGGAAAUGGAAAACAGCAUGACAAAUUGCCUGCAAAGGAGGGAGCAACUGCGUCUCUUGGCCUUCUGGCAAUACUUAAAAGUCGAUUUGUGUUUACUCAAAUACAGCAGCACAAAUUUCGUUUUUGAUGUGAGAGGUGGGGGGAUUUUUCCUGUGGAUACUCCAAUGCGAACGACCACAUCCUCCACAACACCAGUUCGAUGCGCGGCGGGGGCGGGGGGUGGUCGCUCCGGGGCGCCUUUCAGGCGCACGGGGGGCCGCAGAUUGACGUGAUGCGGGCUGCUAUCCCACGAAAAAACUGUUUCACUGUAAUGACUCUGAAAGAUCUGCAUCACAAGUUUGUUACACAUGACACAGAAAAUUUGCCAUGCGCGCUUCCAAAGGGAAAACACCCCUAAAGAGUCAAGGUCUUGCAGGUGUAGCAAGACAAAUAGUUCUGUGCUGUUCCAUUCUAUGCAUCACAAGUUCACAGUGAAACACUUUUUUCUUGCGAUAGCUGCGAAACGAGAGGCGGACGCCAGUGCGCAGACGGGCGUCGUUAUCCCAGAGAAAAAAGCUGCCAGCUCAUAUUUGUAAUGCAAAAAUAAAUACACAAAAUAAAAAUCUGCAUUGCAUAUCCGAAGCAGCAUGUGCAUGCUAGGGGGCCGCCCAUGGCAAGUUUUUCUGUCUAUUUAUUUUUGCAUUACAAAUAUCCCCUGCCAGCUUUUUUCUCUGGGAUAGUCGUGCGCCCGCCCAUGAGCUAUGACCGAGUGGAGCACAUUUACAACCAGCAACGGGAACUUCACCAAGCUGGACGGGAUGGGUUUUACUGAUCAUGACAAUUCACAACAGCACGACAUUCAAGAUCAUCAUGCCUGGAAAGGAGCUGCACGCUACAGCAGCUGCAGCUUUGGAAAAUGGAAAAUACUUACUUCUAAUGCGUAUGAUCAGAAGCAGAUGCCGCAGCAUUUUCGUUUCGAAAGUACACUUAUUUUUUUCUCUUUCAUCUCAUUGUAAAUUUCUUAUUCUAGUUCUUGCUUUCAUGUUUGACACUCCAUACUUUUUAAUCGCAACUUCAUCACCGCUCUACUUUGGAGUUUACAAUUUCCUGACAACAUUACAUUUCUAUAAUUUCACGCUCACCUCCUCCAUGAAACUACUAUAAAUCAAGUGCCUGAUUCUCCGAUAUUAGUUGUAAUUUUAUUAGUGUUAGUCUCAUGUAUUUUGUCUUCGUGUUGGUGUUGUAUCCUUCCCAUCUGUAGCAAAUUUUCGGAGGAAGAAGAAACCCAGUAGCGUUUUUCCGGUUUCCAUGUUGCGACGAGGACGCCAGGUCAAGGUCCACAACAUCCAGCUGAAUUACUGGGCUAGCCGCGCAUGAUCAACAGGAGCUUCUUCUCAGUUCACAACAUCGAAGUAGAGUAAGUACUAUCGGACUUCAAUAUAAUUUGUUGUACAUGAGUGCCACAUGACAGACUCUGUCUUGUUGGAAUUGAGGAAGUGUGCUCUUCGUUCGUUGCACGACAUGAAGACGGAGAUGAGGAAAUGUUGUCAGAUUUUUAUUUUUCAUGAAAAGACGGUGAUCCGUCUGUCUUCGCAUGGAACCCGAACCGCUAUGUACUUUUUUCAUAAUUUGCAU